AUAAAAUGAUAAGAUCCACUCCGAAACAUUUGAAACAACAGCUGCCAGUGUCUGCUCGCGUCUUGUCGGGGAAGGACCUCACUUUGGCAGCCAUGAACGCUGCCUUCCAGACCGCCGUGUUGGCGGUGGGGCUGUUCCUGCUGCUGGUCGCUGAAGUCACCGAGGCCAGGGGGGACGUCGGGGCGGACGUGGCCUGCGCGUCGUGCGACCCAAACGGCCCGCACUACCAGCUCAUCCGCGGCGACCGCCAGGUCAAAAACUGCGAGGUGGGCUUCUACUGCAACUGCCACAACGGCAAAAAGAUGCAGUGCUUCGCGCCGCCCUUCAUCAAGUGGAAGUACGACGAGGUCCACCAGGUGUGUGACGCCAACUUCAACUGCAAGAAGUUCUUCGACAACCUGACGACUACCCCCGUGCCCACGACUGUGCCGCCUUCUGAGCCUACCACUGAACUCACAUCAGCACCCACCCCUGCACCUACCCCUGCACCCACCUCUGAUCUAACCACUGGCAACACUGAAACGACUGCUGUCCCUUCGUCAGAGCCCACGCCGAACUCCCCUGAACCCACCCCGAACACACCCUCUGAUCCGACGACAGUGCCAACUCCUGAAACAACCCCUGAACCCACCCCUAAACCCACCGCUCAGCCCACCCCUGAACCUACCUCAGAGCCCACCCCACAGCCUACUCAACCCACCCCUCCCGAACCCACCCCCGAGCCCACGCCACAGCCCACGCCACAGCCCACCCCACAGCCCACCACAGGGCGGCCUCCACAGUGCACCUGCAACCCCGACGGCCCGCACUACCAGCUGCUCCGCGGGGACAACCAGGUCCACAACUGCGAGGUUGGCUUCUACUGCGACUGCCGCAAGGGCAAGAAGCUCCAGUGCUUUGCUCCACCCUUCAUCAAGUGGAAGUACAACGAGGUGCACCAGGUUUGCGACGCCAACUUCGACUGCCAGAAGUUCUUCGACAACCUGACAACCACCCCCGUGCCGACCACCGAGGUCGCCCCUUCCGGGCCCACCCCCGAGCCCAGCCCGCAGCCCAGCCCGCAGCCCACCCCACAGCCCACCACAGCGCGGCCCCCACAGUGCGCCUGCAACCCCGACGGCCCACACUACCAGCUCAUCCGCAGCGACCGUGAGGUGCGCGACUGCGAGGUGGGCUUCUACUGCGACUGCCGCAAGGGCAAGAAGCUGCAGUGCUUCGCUCCGCCCUUCAUCAAGUGGAAGUACGACGAGGUGCACCAGGUGUGUGACGCCAACUUCGACUGCCAGAAGUUCUUCGACAACGAGCACAGCACCCCGGCGCCGGACGGCCCGACGGCGUCCCCGGAGCCCACCACCAGCGCGCCGCCGCGAGGCUGCAGCUGCGGCUCCAGCGAGCCGGCCUUCCAGCUGCUGCGCGGCGACGGCCAGGUCGGCCUGUGCGAGAGCGGCGCCUACUGCCACUGCAGCGCGCAGAAGGUGCUCAAGUGCAUGCAGCUGUUCGGCGUGGCCUGGCGCCUCAACGAGCAGGCGCAGCAGUGUCAGACGGCCUUCGACUGCACCGACUUCUUCGCCCACGAGACGACCUCCAGCGCCGCACCGGCCACCUCCAGCGACGCGACCACGGAGCCGGCCUCGACCACCUCGGGCAGCACCGCGGCGCCGGCGUCGGAGUGCGGCUGCGCCGCGGACGGCAGCCCGUACCAACUGGUGCGCGGCGAGGGCCAGGCCAGCUCGUGCACGCACGGGUACUACUGCGACUGCAGCCGCGGCAAGCGGCAGCGCUGCCUCAACGUGCUAACUCUGGGGUGGAGGUUCGACGAGGACGCCCAGAAGUGCAGGCUGUUCCACGGCUGCGGCGCUGUCUCCGACUAGCCCGCCUUCACCGGCAGGCCGCGUCCUGGGCCACGUGAGAGGGCCGUGACUGCGUACCAAUAAAAUACUGAGAUGGAAGUUUGCCCUGUGAUUUUGAAACCGAUUGACGACACUCGAAACAAACUCACACACCCACAAACUCACACAAAGGCGUAUUGCCGAUAAAAAGAUAAGUGGGGUUGAUUGGCCACGGAGUCAGGGACUCCAACCUGCCAAGCAAGAGCAAGUGGUGGCACCUGUCGGACUGUGCGUCAGUACAAAGGUGAGCGGGAAAAAUGGAUGGGGUGAUUCAGUGACGCGGGGUGACGCGCAGUGACGCAACGUGACGACGCUUUGCAUAGAGUGACGUCAAUGGCGGGGAUUAAGUUCUCGGUGGUGAAAACUCUUUCGAGGAAAAUGAAAAUCAACGACAAAAAUGCGUGGUCGAUAUUUCUGGCGUCAUCCCGGGCAGGAUGUUUGGAAAGGGUGGUGAGUCGAUGAUGACUCGGUGGCCAACGAAUCCCAGAGUCGAGGAGUGACCCGCCAACGGCGCUGCUACCUACCCAUUAUACCAUUACCACUAAGGGCUAGACCAGACAUGAUCGUAUGCCCCUUUGGCGUUGCCAGCUCUUUGUCAUCAUCAUCCCACAUGCACACUUUUACCUCUCGCCAAUCACGGCUUUGCUCUCUGGCUACAGCCAAUUAGCCCCCGUCGCGAAUUGGCCGGGCUAAUCCUUGAGGAAAAUGCGCGUUUAUCGCCUCGCAACAGUGGCGCCGUCCGCGCGUCCAAGUGACCAUCAACGGCGUCAGGCCGUCAGCGCGAUAAGCUAUCGUGGCGGAGGUGCGGCGCGCUCUCAUAGACCAGCUCGGCGCCCGGAUCGGCCAGUGUGCCCUGAACCCCCCACGGCAGAGGACCUCCGAGUACUUUCGUGUACCCGAAAACCGCCACCCGCCACCAUGAGGAUCACUGGAGCAGCUGCGUCGCUGGCCGUGCUGUGCGCCCUGGCCGCCACCGUGCAGGCCAAGUCCGCGGGCCAGAGAACCGCC